GAUAAAUCCUUUCGCCCUGAUGCCCUACUUGGCCUAAUCCCUCAUCCUCACACACCCUGCAUAUUACACCUACACCCUAAAAAAACGCUCGCCCUUUGCUUCUCCACACCCGACAACCGCAACCAUGGGCUUCGGUGGUGCUGCAUUGAAGUUUGGCUCGACCGCCAUCUAUGCUCUCGAGUUCUGCUGCGCUGCAAUCAUCCUUGGCAUUUACAGCUACUUCCUGUCUGUACAGGCUGACCGCGAUGUCAACAUUCCAGUCUGGCAACAGGCCGUCACUGGUCUUUCCGGUGCUGUCGUCCUUUACGCCAUCUUUGCUGUCUUGUUGACUUGCUGCAUUGGCGGAAAGACAAUUUUUGCUAUGCUUGCAAUUCUCUUCAACCUCCUCUGCUGCGGUGCCAUGAUUGCCAUCGCUGUUCUGACCCGUGAUGGCGCACACAGCUGCUCUGGCAACGUAAAGACCCCUCUUGGCAACGGUCCUGCACGCUCAAAGCAAGGCUUUGGCUCCAACGGCCAGGGCAACCAGAUCACCUACUCUGCUUCUCUGGGCACCACUUGCAGGCUCAACACUGCCUGCUUUGCCGUCGCCAUUAUCGGUGCUUUCCUCUUUUUGCUCAGCGCCCUCCUCCAGGUAGCCCUCAUGCGCCACCACAAGAAGGAAAAGCGCUUCGGUCCUGGCCCUUCCAACGGCUACACCAAGGGCUCCGGCAUGAAGUUCUGGCAGCGCAGGAAGGCCAACAGGACCACUGGCAGCCGUGACCCUGAGGUUGCUGCCGUACCUGCUGCCACUGGUGGACUUGCUGCUCCUAAUGGUACCCACGACUACCGCCCUAGCCACGAUACCGCCUACACUGGCUCAACCGUCGCAUCUCCUAACGCCGGCUAUGACAGCCAUAAGCCUGUUGGCUCCGGUUACCACACCGCCCCUGCUGGAAACUACGCUAUCAACGGUAACACCACCACCUACGGAAACACAGCUACCAACUACUAAGCGAAACAAAUACAUCAAAUACUAGUCAAUGUGCUCUCCAGCGCAAAAUUUCCUUAACUGUACUUAACGACUUUGACGCAUUACACUAUACCACACGCAGGCGGAGACUGGAUUGGAAUGCAUGGCGGCAGAAUGCGACAGCCGAUGUAAACUUGUACGAUAGGGUGAUACGAAAUCUAAUAAUUAAUGACAAUAUCCAAACAACGA